ACUGACAUUAUCAUAACCCCCCACUUCAUUUACUCUCAAAUCCAUAAUUUGACUUGGUUUCACACCCACUCCUCGCAAUGACUCCACUUGUGCCUUAUUGGCCUCUUUCAAUGGCCGAUGUGAGCGUAAGAAUUGCACAUGUUCAGGCAAUGCUCUAUCAUGAUUAUGCCCUGGCACAAACUACUCUACCUUAUACUUUGCAUCUUUUUUAUCAAAUUUCACUUGGAAUGAAGCAAGACAUCCCACUCUAGUCACAACCUUUGCUUCCCUCUUCCUAUCCUCUUCAUUCGCAUAUUCUGUUCUAACCCCUUCUUCACAACAAACCCAUUUUCGUAAUGUCCAUUUCCCAUAUUUCUUAACCUUCUUAUCUCUUUUUCUAACACCAAACCCCAUAUACUUGUUGUAAUUGUUGUAAAAAAUUCCAGCUUCUUCAAUGGAAUCGAACAUUACUUCUCUCAAAUCAUGCAACCCUCAAUCCUCUAUUUUUCCAAGAACAUUAACGUUCAGAAGCAACAUGCCAGAAUUUUCCUGGGGAUGACCACUACUUUGAUUUUGGGUAUUUGUAUCAACAUUCUCAUGAGGUAUAUCAUCCUGAAGAACAUCUCCACGAGUUAAAAACGUUUCUUCUAAUCAUGUAUAACAACAAAAUAAAACUAGAUAAGUCAUACAGAAUUGCAUUGUAAUUAUUAUUAGCAUAAGUCACGAACCAAACCUUCCAUUCGGCAGGGUAAAACUUGUUUUCUAUUAAUACAGAUGAAGCAGAAAGAAUUUGAGAGUAAAAUGUUGCGCCACCUGCAACAUUCACAACCAUUUCAAUAAUAUCCUCAACACAAGCAAUGACAACUCAUAGGCAAAACACACAGUAAGAACAAACAACCUGUGACAUCAAAAUGAUUGGAUAAUGGUGAAGAAUCAUACUUUAGUGGGACUUCUCUUAUUAUUCAUGGCCUCCUGGGUGGUUAAAUUUGUGCUCGAGGUGCACAUUAUAGUUCUGCCAUUCUUUCUUUGUGCUAAUAACUUGAGACUAUUUCUUUGGUCGCAAUUCCACCCACUAACACAUACUCCCCACGUAAUCAACGAAAGAAUACAUAAAUUACCAUGAUACUAGACGAUAAUGCAAUGUGGUUAAUGGCAUCGAAGCGGAGGAGCAUAUGGCAAAGCUUUAUGCCCCCAAGUAAUGAAUUGAAAGACUGAACAGGAGUAUGAAAUAGGUAAGCAGAACAUUUCUAAUUUGUUCCGAGAAUGCUAAAGGUUCGAAACUUAUCAUAUUAGAUGCAUAACUAUUUGAAUAGGUUCGUGUUUUUCCUCAUGUUCCCUUUACACAACUAUGUAUGCAUUUGGCCUUAUCAAGCAGUCGGGUCCUCUACUUCCCAUUGCUCUUAUCAAUUGAUUCUUCAUUUCACUUCUCUACAGAAAAGCCUCCCAUCAACAUGGCAACUGUGACAUUCAAAGCUAGGUGGUUGAUUCCUUAUAGGUUCAACGGUGGGAGGUCCAGUUGGGAACCCAACGCCAACCUCACUCUCUAGGUGUCUCAGAAGGAAAUCUAUGUUGAUGAUUGAUAACUUACAACAUACAACUCUAUCUAGCUUCUUCCUUCUAAUAAACUACUCACGUUGUACCAACCAAAAUAUAAAGAACAAAGCAGUAGAAUAGGGACAGAGCAACCAGUAGCCUGAUGCUCGGUAAACACAACACCGUAAAGGAAAAUACUCGCAUACAAGGCGCAACAUCCAAGACAUACCAGCUCGGAGGAAAAAAUAAGCUAGGCCUAAUUCUAAAAAAAAACAAACGAAUUGAAUUACCAGGAUUUGUUAGGCAAUGUCGAAACUUCGACUUCCGCUUCGUCAACAAGAAGGGUGCAGACCGAGGGGACAGAGCAGAGUGAGGAACUCUUCUCUUACCCGCGCGAGGGAUUGACGGUGUCAGCAGAGCAGUUCGACGCAGACAGAGGGCCUCCCCGUAUUAGGGAUUCGUCGUUUUUGUUUCACAGAAUGAAUGGCGGAGGAGGAAUACGGUGAAGGAGUUUAUUGGAGGAGAUGGAGUUCCGAUCAGAGUGGGUGGAGUUCGCCGGAGCUGUUUUGAUUCUCGCCGGAGCAGUUUCGACCGAGAGAAGGAGAUCGACGCCAAACUGCUUCACUUUCCCUUCGUUUCCUUGGGUUUUGGAGAAAAAAAACAAAUAAAACUGAACAUAAUAAUAUGGGGAAAACGAUGGGAAAAAAGGAACUGAAAGAAUUCCGUACGGUUGGGUACGGCAUUGGUUCGGGCCAAUUUCAAUAGGUCAGUAGGCUUUGGGCUCAAAUUAAAUAAAUCAUUCAGGCCACGUCAGCUCUACAUGCUCCAAUCAGAAAUGGCGUUACUGGUGCCGCACUUUUUAGAGUGGCACCAUAGUAUUGGCCAUCCGAAAAACAAACGAUCAUAUUGUAUUUUCAUUAGUCCAGCAUAAAUUCACACAGCCCAGUCCAGGUACAGGCCCAAGGAUAAAAGCCCAAUAAAACUCUCGGCGAGCCGGGGAGGUGCAAAUUUGCGUCUCCAACCUCAACCUUGGGGCAUCAGCAGUUUGAGAUCGCAGCAAAGUCGAGAACAAAGUCUCCGUUUUAAGCGAUGGGAUUCGGAGCUCUGAGAAACAUAGUUCGGCCGCUGGCCAGAACGCUGAUAUGCGGCGCUUCCACUUCCAACUCUACAUUGUUGGCGGCCAAGGCUCCGUUUCUGAGACCCGAGUGUCGAUUUGGUCUCUGUCCACCAUUGGCCCAGCCAUCGCGUCAUUUCAGUUUCUUUUCGGAGACUGGUUACGACAGGUUAACGGACAAGAGAUUGCCAAAGCGCCGCCCCCUCGAUAAACCUCGCCGGAAAAGGGCCGGCUUGAGACCUGCUGGGGCAUUUGCUUGGGUUAAGUAUGAUGCUGGAGAGCCGAUUAAACCCAGUAAUCCUAAUGAAGGAAGCGUCAAGAGAAGGAACGAGAAGAAGCGUAGAAUGUUGCACCGGGCCUUUGUGAAGGCUGAGGCAAAGAAGAGGAAAGCUCUGGUGCAGGCAGCUAAACGGAAGAAAAUGGCUGCGAGAGUGGAUCGUAAAAUGGCUUCUGUGGCGAGGGAUAGAGCGUGGGCAGAAAGAUUGGCAGAACUGCAGAGACUUGAGCAAGAGAAGAAAAGCUCCAUGUCCUAGCUUUCUUUCUUUCUUCCGAGAUGUAUUUGGUUCCAAAUGUCUGCUGCUACUGCUUCUGCUUGUUAUCAGCAGAACAAGAACACCGAAUCACAUAAAGACCUUGAAUUAAUUCUUGUAACUCAGGUUUGUUGUUGCUUUGGCUUUCGCUAUGGCUGUAGCUGUGAAGCCUUCCUGUUAAAUCUACUGGCAUUCUAGUUGGGAAGCUUCCUGCAAUUUGUAUGCAAUUUGUAUCUUAUGUCACGUUUCAGAAGGUGGGAGCUAGACUAACAAACUAAACGAGAAAGGAAGGCAAGCAAUUCACCCUGUGGUUUUGUCCUCCUUAGGGACCUUGCGGUUGGGAUGCUUAAGAAGACGCUAGGCACUAUUUAGGCGAGGAGGUACCGCCUAGUGCCCAUGUUGAUUAGUCGUUGCCUAGGCGAGAUUAAACGUUGAAAAAAAAU